AUUUUUUCAAGCUUUAUUUUAAAAUUUAACAGUUUAGGAAUUUACGGCUAAUAUUGAACGAACGGGUUGUUUGUGUACUGAACCGACGGUAUCCGAAACGGUUAUAUACGAUUCGACCCGUGCCCGCGUAAACAAGGCGGCGUGGAGCAGCUUCCAGAGAUGUCUGCCAGUGAAACCCAUGAUAAUGAUAGUUUUAAGAGACAUAGAAAGUUCUCUAAUGACAAUUCAGAAGAAUAUAAUGAACCACAUUCAUUCAAGAGUAAGAUGAGUGGUGAAACUCACUAUGCAGGUGGUGAGACCCUUUAUACAAGAAACAAACAAAACCAAAAUUGGCAUAAUGAUGAUGGAUCUAGAUUUAGACAGUGGAAUUCUCCUAGACAAGGAAAAUUCCAAGACAAGAGUGUUUUUAAUAAACCAAAGAAGGAUAAUUUCUCAGAAGACAGCUUUGAGGAAGUACCAAGCCCCAACAAGCCUCGCAAUUACACCAUAAGCAUUGCUGUGCCUGCAUCUAUCCUAGAAGAAACUUGCAUCAAGGAUGAGCUUAGGACGUAUGUAGUGGGCCAGAUUGCAAGAGCUGCUAAUAUAUAUUCCAUUGAUGAGAUUGUGGUAUAUGAUGACCGUAGCCGGAAACGUAAAUUUGCUUCUGUUACUUCCAGUAAUACUAAAGAUUGUCUAGAAAUGAUGCGGAUGUUAUUGGAAUAUCAAGAGUGUCCACAGUACCUCCGGAAAUAUUUAUUUCCAUUCCAUUCUUAUUUGAGGAUGGUUGGUGUACUUAAUGCUCUUAACUCUCCUCAUCAUUUACUCUCUCAUCAGUGGUGUGAAUACAGAGAAGGAGUAGUUUUGGAGAAGGGCAGCAAGUGUGAGUCAUAUGUGGAUGUUGGUCUUGGUGUGGAUGUUGAAAUUCAACAAAAGCUGGAACCUGGCCUGAGAGUUACGGUGAAGAUGCCGCCUGAAGCUCAAGUAAUGCGUAAACCAUAUGGCGUGGUUGUGUCGCCUGAUGAGCCUAGACUGACAGCAGGCUAUUACUGGGGAUACACUGUCAGAGUUGCAGAAUCACUUUCAGAGGUUGUGGCUGGUAGCAGAUUUCCUGAUGGUUAUGACCUUCUCAUUGGGACAUCUGAUAAAGGAGACGACGUCCGAAAGACAGAGUACCCCACAUUUUCUCAUGCACUCGUUGUGUUUGGGGGGGUGGAAGGGCUUGAGGCAGCCAUAGAUGCGGAUAAUAAACUUGAGGCAUCGGAACCACUUCAACUGUUUGAUUACUACAAUAAUACAUGUCCGCUGCAACAGACUCGUACCAUACGGACAGAGGAGGCUGUACUCAUCAGCCUUUGUGUUUUGCAAGAUAAAUUAGUACCUAAAGGAAAACUGUAGCUAGAUUCAAUAUCACAGAUGUUAAUUAUUUUAUUAAUUGUAUUUUGCAUUUGAGAUUUGCAAAUAUAGGCAUUAACUUACCUAAGUACAGUAUAGGCCUAUAUUUACAGAUAUACUUAUGUAUGUACUCACCUAGUUGUGCUUGCGUGGGGUUGAAAUUUGUUUUUUUUGUCCUGCCUCUCAACUGUCAGUCAACUGGUGUACAGGUUCCUGAGCCUAUUGGGCUCUAUCAUAUCUACACUU